CUCUCUCUCUCUCUCUCUCUCUCUCUGGGGUUCGGGGGACGACGAGGGCGAAGGAGACGAAGAUGGUGCGGCUCCCCUACACGACCGCGCUCACCACGCUCUUCAGCUACGGCCUCCUCUUCGCCUUCGGCCAACUCCGCGAUCUCUUCCGCAAGCUCCUCGAUUGGUUCCGAUCCAAGGACCUCAAGGGUUACGCGCCGAUCUGCUUGGGGCUCGAGGAUUUCUACGUUCGAAGGCUCUAUCUCCGCAUCCAGGAUUGUUUCGGUAGACCAAUUGCUAGCGCACCAGAUGCUUGGAUUGAUGUAGUUGAGCGCUACUCGAAUGACAAUAACAAGACAUUACACCGAACCUCAAAUAGUACCAAAUGCCUUAACCUAGGAUCAUACAACUACCUAGGUUUUGCGGCGGCAGAUGAGUACUGCACUCCCCGUGUUAUCGAGUCUUUGAAGAAAUACUCGCCCAGUACCUGCAGUGUUCGUGUGGAUGGAGGCACGACUCAGCUGCACGCUGAACUAGAGGAGUUAGUUGCUCGCUUCGUCGGUAAACCUGCUGCUGUACUCUUCGGCAUGGGUUAUGUUACAAACUCUGCCAUCAUUCCUUGCCUUAUUGGGAAGGGAGGGCUGCUCAUUAGUGAUUCGCUAAACCACAAUUCAAUUGUUAAUGGCGCUCGAGGAUCGGGUGCGACCGUCAGAGUUUUCCAACAUAAUUCUCCCUCUCACUUGGAAGAGGUGUUGAGAGAGCAAAUAGCUGAGGGACAGCCUCGGACGCAUAGGCCGUGGAAGAAGAUAAUUGUUAUUGUCGAGGGUAUCUAUAGUAUGGAAGGAGAGCUUUGCAAGCUUCCUGAGAUCAUAGCCGUCUGCAAGAAAUAUAAGGCAUACACAUAUUUAGAUGAGGCCCACAGCAUUGGUGCAAUUGGGAAAUCCGGCCGUGGUGUUUGUGAGCUCCUAGGAGUUGAUCCCGCGGAUGUAGAUAUCAUGAUGGGGACCUUCACCAAAUCAUUUGGAUCUUGCGGAGGUUACAUCGCAGCUUCAAAGGAAAUAAUUCAGUACCUAAAGUACACAUGCCCGGCUCAUCUUUACGCAACCUCCAUGUCACCACCCGCAGUUCAACAAGUUAUUUCUGCGAUUAAAGUUAUCCUUGGCGAAGAUGGAUCCAAUAGAGGUGCCCAAAAACUUGCGCGCAUUCGUGAGAACAGCAACUUCUUCCGAUCGGAGCUCCAGAAAAUGGGCUUCGAGGUUCUCGGCGACAAUGACUCGCCAGUUAUGCCGAUAAUGCUUUACAACCCCGCGAAAAUCCCUGCUUUCUCUAGAGAAUGCCUCCGACAAAAUGUUGCCGUCGUGACCGUCGCAUUCCCCGCGACCCCGCUCCUCCUGGCGAGGGCUCGAAUCUGCAUCUCCGCUGCGCACACCCGCGAAGACAUGAUCAAAGGCCUCGAGGUUAUCAGCAAAGUUGGCGAUCUCGUCGGCAUCAAGUACUUCCCCACGGAGCCGCCCAAGCUCGCCAAAGAGGCCCACAAGAAGCCUGUUGCAGUAAUUUUGCCUUAAUGAAGUGUGAGAGAGAGAGUAGCAUUGUCGCCGAGAGGUUUUGUGGUUGUGACAUAAUAGGGGUGUAAUGUGCGCAGCUCCAGCACAACCUAGAUUUUUUUUUUUUAUAUAUAUUUUUGAAGCUCAAAUA